CAAAACGGGAGAGAGCAAUGAAGAGAAGGGCUAGGUGUGGUUAGGUACACGCCAUCCCAGCAGCAAGGGGACUGAGGCGUCAAGAUGUUGACUUAAAGGCCAGAGGUACACAGUGAGACCUUGCCUCAAGGUAGAAAAGGAGCUGGAGAGAUGGCUCAUGAAUCAAAGCACUUGCUGCUCUUAAAGAAGACUUGUGUUUGGUUCUCUGCAUCUGCAUGGCAGCUCACGGCCAUCUGUAACUCCAGUACCAGGCCAACUGAAACCUCCUCUGACCUCUGCAGGCACUGGGGAUGCACGUGGUACACAGACUUAGAUAUUGUGCUGGAGAGUAAACCCAGAAGCUCAAAGUGACCAGCAGUACCACGAGCUACAUCCCCAUUCUCCCUCCCCUGAAUCAGAGGCCAAAUGGACCCGGAUGUAGAGCGAUGCUGAGACACUGCUCUAGGUGCUGACAAUGAAAUGGGAACCAUUUCUGUGCUCAUCAACACGCAUUCAGACGGAGAAUACAGCAGAUUGAAUAUGCUACAGCAAGAUGACUUCAGUUGGAGGCAGACCCUAAGAAGGAUGUUUCGUACAUAUUAAAAGGUUUGGGGGACCAUCAUUUUGUCAAGCUUUCUAAUGUCCACGAUAGGGGCAUCAGACUUCAUUUUAUAUGCGAUGGAAACUGCCUUGGAGAAUUUUGAGCAGAGUCCAAUCUUUUCUGUCAGAACAGUGUGGGAAGAAGAUCAUGGGGGACAAACGUGGAAGCGGAGAAACCAUUUGGGAGGAUUACCUGUCUCCCUAGGGUGAAAUUAGCACACCUGUUGUCUUUGCUGGCCAACAAGUUCUCAAUUUUUAUACUUCCCAUCAGGAAGCUUGAAGAUAAUAUGGUCUGAACCCACAACGAACUUGUACUGAACAUUGUACUUGUGUUGAUCAGGCUGCUCUGGUCUUAGGUUCUUGAUUGUCCACAAUGGGUGAACCACAGCAAGUGAGUGCACUUCCCCCACCUCCAAUGCAGUACAUCAAGGAAUAUACAGAUGAAAACAUUCAGGAAGGCUUGGCUCCCAAGCCUCCCCCUCCAAUCAAAGACAGUUACAUGAUGUUUGGCAACCAGUUCCAAUGCGAUGAUCUUAUCAUUCGCCCUUUAGAAAGUCAGGGCAUUGAACGACUUCAUCCUAUGCAAUUUGAUCAUAAGAAAGAACUGAGAAAACUCAAUAUGUCUAUACUGAUUAAUUUCUUAGACCUUUUAGACAUCUUAAUAAGGAGUCCUGGGAGUAUCAAACGAGAAGAAAAGCUAGAAGAUCUUAAGCUGCUUUUUGUACAUGUGCAUCAUCUUAUAAAUGAAUAUCGACCCCACCAAGCAAGAGAGACUUUGAGAGUCAUGAUGGAGGUCCAGAAACGCCAGCGCCUUGAAACAGCUGAGAGGUUUCAGAAACAUCUGGAACGAGUAAUUGAAAUGAUUCAAAACUGCUUGGCUUCUUUGCCUGAUGAUUUACCUCACUCAGAAGCAGGGAUGAGAGUUAAAACGGAGCCGAUGGAUACUGAUGAUAACAGCAAUUGUACUGGGCAGAAUGAACAGCAAAGAGAAAGUUCAGGUCACAGAAGGGACCAGAUUAUAGAAAAAGAUGCUGCCUUAUGUGUGUUAAUUGAUGAAAUGAAUGAAAGGCCAUGAAGAGUAUUCCUUUUUUCCUUUUAGUGAUAGCAUCAUGUAUUAGUUUUUGUUCUCUCAGACAGUCUUAAGAGGGAUAACUAAAGAUAGAGACUGUUUUCAGUUGAAAUGCUGUAGGUGGUAAUUUAACACUAAAUAGGCUGGCAAGUAUAUCUGAGUAACUGCCAUAAAAAAGCCGAAUGUUUGCUAUUGUUUGGGAUAGUCCUAUUUUUUGGAGUUGGAAUAAAAACUUGAAGUAA